GCCACAUCCGUCCUUGCGAGCGGCGGGGCUGGCGGGGAGCGCCGCGCUAUGUCUCGGGCUGCUCGGGUGCCCGCUCAGGGGCCGCUUCCCACGCGCCGCGGGGCUUCCCCCCCGGCUCUGGCGUAGAGGGCGAGGGGAGCCGCCCGGGGCAGGGCUGGCCCGAGCGCAGGGGGGCGCCGAGCGGCGAGCGGGAGGGAGCCGGGUUCGCAAACCACCCGGGACGCUGGAUUUGCCGCUGGCGCGGUAGAAGGGGGGCGCGGCAGCCGCGAGCGGCGCCUGGGCUUGCAGCCGAGCCUCCGUGUCUUUUUGCCGGGUAGCGCGCGGCGCGAUGCUGCGGCUGGAGCUCUUCCUCGGCGUGGCGUGGCUGGCCCGGCUGGCGUGCGGGCAGAACGAGACGGAGCCCAUCGUGCUGGAGGGCAAGUGCCUGGUGGUGUGCGACUCCAACCCCACCUCGGACCCCACGGGCACGGCGCUGGGCAUCUCGGUGCGCUCGGGCAGCGCCAAGGUGGCGUUCUCCGCCAUCCGCAGCACCAACCACGAGCCCUCGGAGAUGAGCAACCGGACCAUGCUCAUUUACUUCGACCAGGUGCUAGUGAAUAUCGGAAGCAACUUCGACUCGGAAAGAAGCACUUUUAUAUCGCCCAGGAAAGGGAUUUACAGUUUUAAUUUUCACGUGGUGAAGGUGUACAACAGGCAAACCAUCCAGGUGAGUUUGAUGCUAAAUGGGUGGCCAGUGAUUUCCGCCUUUGCAGGGGACCAAGAUGUGACCCGAGAAGCUGCCAGCAAUGGAGUCCUGAUUCAAAUGGAGAAAGGAGACAGAGUUUAUCUAAAACUGGAGAGAGGAAACUUGAUGGGAGGCUGGAAGUAUUCAACAUUCUCUGGAUUUCUAGUGUUCCCUCUUUAAAUAACUUAUCAUCUGAACAGAGAGAAAGCAGCAAGUCAGAGAAUUUCUUACAAAUUCCCAAAUUGUAGCUGGGUAUGAAAAGCCUUGGACAGCAAACUUUUUACAUUCAAAUAUUAAAGAAGCUAAAUCCUGCUUAGGUUUGUGUACAUCUGCUUUGAAGAAUUAUUUUUGUUGUUGCAGCCAACAGAUAGGAGACACUGUAAUUGAUCAUAUCUCCAUUUAUAUUCCCCACCUUCCACCCCAAAUUAGUUAAAAUUUGUGUAUCACUGGUGUAAUUUGCCAUAAUUUCCCCAGUGGUUCCCAUAUCACACUAUUUUACCUUCAGUAUUUACACUGUUCUUCAUAUUUGGUAGUUUUGUUUUUAAAACGUGUUAUUCUUGACUCUUUAUCUGAGUUUAACAUUUAAAAAAGUAUUUUUGAGUACAUAGUUGCCAUGAUGAAAGAUAAAUUGCAAAUCUCACUGUAUACUGGCUGACAAAAGUUUAAAAAAAAAAGAGAGAAAUUUAUACAUGAAGAACUAUUCACAGUGGAGGCUGACCAGAGUAUUUCAAUAUUUCUAUGUAAUUCUGAGUGAUUGUGGAAUUUAAGGCUGCUAAAUGUUUUGAUGCUUGUCUAGCUCUUGUAAAAUGUGGCCCAACUAAACUCCAGGAAUUAUAUUGAACUUUUACUUUUAUUCUGUAAUAUAUGUGUGAAUAUCGAAAAUUAAUUUUUGCUUUAAUUCAAUAAAGUUUAAAUGGGCUUUUAUUAUUCUUAAACAGAAAAUAAGUUCUCUCAAUGGAAUUAUUAGCCCCUUCUCAGGCUUAGAAAAAGUUUAAGAAGCUGCAGGCUCAAACACUUGUAAUGGUGAUGAUCUGGACAAUAAGUGAAGCAAAAUGUAAUUUUAAAGCUUGUUAAAAUUUCCCCUUUUUUCCCGCCUCUAGCGCUGUAUCCUCGAUCUGUUAUGCGCUAUUUUAAAUUGUAUUAAAAGAGUUAAUUUCAGCAGAUCAUCAUCAACCAAACGCAAUUUAAACUCUGUGGUUCAGAUCGCCCGAGUGAUUAAGUACCCCAAAGAUGAAAAAUGAAAACCAAACUCAGCUAUCGCUGAGAAGUCGCCCACAGAAUCUUAGAUCUGUAUUCUUUAUACCAUUGUCUGUAUUAUAUUCUAUAAAUCAAAUCUCAUUUUAUACAGCCGUCUAAAAAUCUAACAAUGUAUACUUCGAUGCUAGUAUUAUUUAUUUGCUAGUAUUAUUUUGUUUACAGUCUUUGAAAGAUGUAAAUGUUAUAAUUUUGCAGUCCUCAAAGAGAAUACUACUUUUAUUAAAAAGGUACGUAAAGGAUUUUGAUUGUAUCUAAACCUAAUGUGAAAUAAACCAGUGUAAUAAACAAAUGGACCUUUUUUUGACUGGA